AUGUCCGGUUUAACGUGCGCGGCGCUCAAGAAGUUGUUGCAUGAAAACAUGGAUGUGUUCGCCUGGACACCAGCAGAUAUGGUUGGUGUUCCACGGCACAUAGCGGAACACCGUCUAAACGUCGCAGACGAAGCAAACCCAGUGGUCCACGCCAAACGCCACCUGGGCGACGAAAAACACGAGGCCAUGAAAGAACAAGUGAUGGAACUAUUGAAUGCAGGCAUCAUUCGAGAAGUGAGAUACCAAACAUGGGUAGCAAGCCCGGUGAUGGUGAAGAAACCAAAUGGAAGCUGGAGAAUGUGUGUCGAUUACAAAGACCUAAACAAGGCAUGCCCACGUGAUUGCUACGCCUUACCAGAUAUAGACGAAAAAAUCGAUUCACUGACAACAUUCAGAUGGAAAUGCUUCCUCGACUGCUACAAGGGAUACCACCAGGUCCAAAUGGCUGUCCAAGAUGAAGACAAAACCGCAUUCCGCACGCCAACAGGGCUGUACUGUUACACCAAGAUGCCUUUUGGCUUAAAGAAUGCGGGCGCGACAUACCAAAGGUUGAUGAACGAAACAUUCAGCGAUGCCAUCGGCAAGUACAUAGAAGUAUACAUGGACGAUUUGGUGAUUAUGAGUAGAGAAGAAGGCACGAUGCUGGCUAACAUCCAAAAGACUUUCAACACGCUGCGCAGCGUAAGUAUCAAAUUGAACCCAACAAAGUGCUCAUUCGGAAUGGAAGAAGGGAAAUUCUUAGGAUUCAUCGUCACAAAAGACUGUUUCAAGGUGAAUCCAGAAAAGGUCCAAGCAAUUGAAAGAAUGCCCUCCCCGUCAAACAUCAAAGAAAUGCAAAAAUUAGCAGGACGUUUAGCUGCGCUCAAUCGUUUCCUAGCUAAUCACGCUGCGAAAUCCUUUCCGUUCAUCAAGACAUUGCGCAACUGCAUGAAGAAAAGCCAGUUCCAAUGGACUCCGGAAGCAGAGAGUGCAUUCCGCGAGAUGAAAGAUUGCCUCAUCAAGCUGCCAACAUUAACCGCACCAAACAAAGGAGAACCCUUGGUACUAUAUCUAUCAACUUCUAUUAGGGCAGUGGGAGCAGUGUUACUUGUCGACCGUCAAGGUACUCAAACACCAGUCUACUAUGUGUCACGAACCUUGACCGACCCAGAAACUCGAUAUGCCAUCAUGGAGAAACUAGUCCUCGCGCUGAUUCAUGCGUCAAGACGGCUGCGCAGGUACUUUGCCAACCACGUUAUCCAUGUGCUAACAAAUUACAACAUUGGCAACAUCCUCGCAAGGCCAGAAAUAUCGGGAAGACUAGCCAAAUGGGCGAUAGAGCUAGGAGGUCACAACGUGGUUUUCAAGCCACGACCAUCAAUCAAAGGCCAAGUCUUGGCAGACUUUAUGACGGACGUUCCAGAUGACAAAGAUCGAGAGUGUAAAGCAAUGGAGAAAGCUGAGAAAAAGCAAGUAGAGGAGCCCUGGUUGUUAUACACCGAAGGCGCGUCUAACGAAGAUGGAGCAGGCGCAGGGCUCAGGCUGGUAAGCCCCGACAAACAUGAAUUAACAUAUGCCAUACGCCUGGAUUUUAAGAGCACGAACAACAAAGCCGAGUAUGAAGCUUUCCUGGCUGGCUUACGGUUGGCAAUCAAAAUGGGGGUCCGACACAUCGAAGCGCAUGUGGACUCCAUGUUAGUUGCAGGGCAAAUCAACGGCCAAUACGAAGCCAAGGGGGAUGUAAUGGCACUCUAUCUCAGCCAAGCAAAAACGUUGCUACAAACCUUCUACUCCUACAAGGUGCAUCACAUAAAUAGAAGCGAGAACAAGCCAGCAGACGCGCUGAGUAAGCUCGCAUCAACAAGUUUUCAACACCUAGAAAAGGAUGUGUGCAUAGAGGUUUUGAGCAACCCAUCCGUUCCACUCAGAGAAGUAAGCGUUGUCCAGACAGGAACAACGUCUUGGAUGACACCAAUAAUCAUGUACCUACAGUCAGGGGUACUUCCCGAAAACAAAGCAGAGGGGCGAAAGAUCCAAUACAAAGCAGAGCAUUAUCAGAUGGCAGAUGGAAUAUUAUACCAAAAGUCAUACCUCGGUCCACUGCUGAGAUGCGUAGACGCCGAAGAUGCAAAGUAUUUGAUCAGAGAGGUGCACGAAGGGAUUUGUGGUAUACAUGCCGGGCCUCGAAUGGUAGUAGCAAAGGUAAUGAACGCUGGGUACUACUGGCCUGGGAUGCAUUUAGAUGCGGUGAAAGAGUUGAGGAAGUGCAGUGGAUGCCAGAGACAUGCGCCUAAGACCAUGCGCCCCAAAAAUGAACUAGUACCACUCACAACUGCAUGGCCCUUUCAACAAUGGGGCAUAGACGUGGUAGGUCCUUUUCCGGAAGCACCAGGGGCGGUCAAAUUCAUAAUAGUCGCAGUCGACUAUUUCACCAAGUGGGUAGAGGCGAAAGCACUUGCAUCAACCACAUCAACAGUCGUCAAGCGGUUCAUAUGGGAACAAAUCAUAUGCCGUUUUGGCCUACCUCUCAGAAUCAUCACCGGUAACGGAACUAACUUCGCAGCAGACGACCUCGAACGAUGGUUCAAAGAACUACACAUCGAGCACACCUUCUCUUCGGUUGCGCACCCGCAAGGGAACAGUCAAGUAGAGGCAGUCAACAAAAGUAUCGUUGAUGGUAUCAAAGCAAGGUUAGGCAAGAAAAGAAGAGGAUGGGUAGACGAACUGCCCAGCAUAUUGUGGGCCCAUAGGACAAUGCCAAAGACAAGCAACGGCGAAACACCGUUCAGCUUAGUCUACGGGUCUGAAGCAGUCAUUCCAGCAGAAAUCGGGCUGCCAUCUCCGCGAAUGCUCUCCAUGAACUUAAUCAACAACGAAGAAGAGAUGAGGAUUGAUCUAGACCUCCUAGAAGAACGGAGAGAGAUGGCAGCAAUCAAUGAGGCCAAAUACAAAACGAAGCUGGAAAAAUAUUACAACUCUAGAGUCCGAAUCUGCACGUUCAACCCGGGAGAUUACGUCCUAAGAGACAAUGAAGCUUCCAACGCAGAAAAGCCCGGAAAACUGGCCCCCAAGUAG